UUGAAUUUGGAGUAAUGUAAGAAUGCGAUCAUCAAUCUUCAUGGUUACGUACAGUACGUACGGUACUGACAAAUCCAUGACCCUCCGUCCCUCACUAAGUUUCUUUUCACUCCUAUGAUAUUGGCAUACUUACUUCGGUGUCUCGCGAAUUGAAUUGUUGUCGACGUAUCCGUCCGAAAGACAUUCGAAAAAUGAAGGCCUUUCCUAUCUUGACAGCUACCGCUUUCUGCUUUUCGUCCCCGUUCUUGCUCACUCUGGCUGCGGGUGAAUAUGUUGGAGGAACGUUGCACGAGACUCCCAUAGAUUUGGACGAUGAUUCAUUCCAAGCCGCGAUCGAAGAUUCGGCCAACCCAUUCUGGUUCCUUAAGUUCUAUGCCCCUUGGUGCGGCCACUGGUAGGUUCUCUUCUAUAUUUCAAUUGAUCUGUCUCUUCGGUUUUCAAUAGUUUAGGAUCUACAUUCUGUACUCUCACUACUUCUCGCGAUCUUUCCGUGACAACUGACGAAAUAUGACUCGCACCCAAACAGUAAAAAGAUGGCGCCUGUCUUAGACUCUGUAGCACCAAAACUGAAAGGAAAGAUGGCAAUCGGGAAAAUUGAUUGUACAAAACACAAGGCGGUCUGCAAAGAACACAAGGUCAGGGGAUUUCCAACACUUAUGUACUCUGUCGACGGAGAAGUGAUGGGGGAAUACUCGGGCGGUCGCGACGAACUCGAUAUCAUCAACUUUGCCCAAAAGAUGUCUGAACCAGCAGUCCAUGAAAUUCGUCGACUAGAGGAAGCCAAGAUAUUUGCGAAAAAAACUGCCAGCGAAGGGAUCGUUUUUCUUGGAAGUGGGAAAGCAGACUCGAGCCUGUGGAAGGUAUUCGAAAAGGUUGCAAGAAAAAUGCAGGCAAAUGCCUACUUCUUGUGGAUGGAACAGCUAGAAUCACCGACUGAUGAUGGGAAGGAUUAUUCAUAUGUCGAUCGAAUCGAGGAUGGAGUUCUAGAGCCCAGACGGUGGGAAACGACCGCGGCGGAUCUGACAGAGGAAAAUUUUUCGGCAUUUGUCAAGGAUCAAAACAUCCCAACUCUUACCAAUAUCACACCCCAAAACUUCAGGCGAAUUAGCAGAAACGGGCGCCCGCUCCUGAUGGCUAUUGUCGACAUGGAAAACGAUGAGCUUGUGAGCGGCAUCAGAGCGCACAUGAUGGAAUUCAUCUUGAGAGCACCCCAAGAAUACGUUGAACAACGGUAUUACGGACUCUUUGACGGCAAAAAGUGGCAAAAAUUUUUGAAACAGUUCGGUGUGAAACAAAAAGACAACCCUCAAUACUUAAUGAUUGCGCCUCUAGAUUCUCCUGGAGAAAAAACGUUCUGGAGGAAUGAGACGUACACAAAAUUUCCUGAGUUUCUGAAAGCAAUCGAAGAUGGAAGUAUUCCGCCUAGACACCCAGAGAAAAAGAAGCUUACUGAUGAUCCAUUUGGUUGGUUAACGGAGAAGUUUCAGCAGUUUUUUCCUUACAGUAUCAUUCCUAUUUUUAUCUUAACUGGCUUAAUUGUCUGGGCAAUCACUCCAUCGAUCGACGACUACGAAGACUACGAAAUCACCGAAGACCAAAAAAUGACGGAAGAGACAAAGAAAAACAAAUAAUGAUUGAAUGAUUUUCAGAUACGAAGUAAAGUACUUCUAAAAGGAGAACUACUAGCAUUACCACGGUCCGUUCAAAUUCUUGCACCUGGUGGCCGAGAUUGAAAUUGUUGUCAGUUAAACAAUACUUCUAGUUACUACUUUGAGUACAAGGAACCUUCUUGUUCCAAACGUCAUUUCUUUUAUAGAAGAGUUGCUUCCACCAGUUCCAUUCAUCUCCUCUGGCACAUUGCUACUGAAAUUUUAUAGAAAAUUAAUAUGAAUGAAAAUAUAUGCAGGAGGUACAU